AACAUAUGUCUUUGUUUAUCAAUUGUCAAAAUAUAAGUCAGAUAAAAUCGUUUUCAAAUAGAGUUAAUCCAAAAAAAAACAUUAAAUCUAAUGAAGGCAUAAUUGUUGGAAAAGACAGUUUACGAAAAAUGGAACAAGUGCGCCUUUUGGUCCAAGAACAAGGUCGAGAGGCUAGAAAUCUGCUUGCUUUUAAUAUAUCCGCUGGUAACGACUUUCCUGGAAAAAUCGCGAAAAAACCUCCGAGUUCUCCAAGAGUGCCUGAAAUCCUCCCAUCCAGCAAGUCAACAGUAAUGCGGGGCCGAUCGGGGGCACGGUUGCGUUCAGCAUCUACAGGCAGAGACAAAAACUCUGAACUAAUUGCCAGGUAUUGGGCUUUAUUGUUCGGUAACUUACAGAGAUCCAUUGCUGAAAUUUAUAAUACAGUGGAAACGCAUGAAAGUCUUACUGAAUGCCAAGAAGUCGUUUUAGUUUUGGAAAACUACCUGAGAGAUUUCUCCGCUUUGGCUGACUGGUUUAAGUUGAAAUGGAACUAUGAAAAUACACCAGUUCCGCAGAGGCCCACCUCACUAGCUUGGGGUAUUUCGAAAACCAAUUUGUCUAAGCCUAGUAGGUCAGGCAAAUCCAGUCCCAGUUUGGGUAGUGGACGAAAUAGCCCCAAUCCUCUACUCUCUGGGAAGAUUAGUCCUCGUAGUUUACCAGCAAAUAAGUGCAAAAGUUGCACAUGCACGUCUUGUCCGUCCAGUCCAUUGCCUUCUAUUGAUAAAACAAUUCCUGAAGGGAAAUCGGUUGAUAUCCUUGGCAAGGCCGCGGAAGAUACUCAGAAAGGUGAAGAAAUUUCCCGGAAAAUUGGUAAAGGGGAGCAAAAACCGAUCAGCAAGGUUCAGGAAGAAGUUCUGAAAACGCCGUCUAAAACACAGCCUAAGGUUGAUACUAAUCUAAAAAAGAAAGCUGAUCUGAAACUUGAAGGAAAAGGGAAAACAGGACCUGCAGCUAAUCGCAGCUCAUCUAAAGGCGAUUCAAAAAAUAUCGGCAAAAAGGAUAAACCUGUAAUUUCUAAGAGCAAAUCCUCCGACAGUGGCCCCAAGGCAAAGCAUACAUUAAAGAAAAGUGAGGAAGAGUUAAAAACGGUUAAAGACGAAAACUCUUUAUCAGAAGCAGGUGCUGAGGAAAGUGUAAAACCUUCAACCGCAGAUGGUAAGCCUUCAGUUGCUCCUCACCUAAAGCAAAAGCCGGAGUGCAAGAAACGCUCUGACAUUAAGACAGUGAAGAAAAAUGAAGAUUUGCAAACGGUUAAAGACGAAAAAAGUCUCUUGGGCGCAAAUGGGGAGCCAAAUGCUUCCAAACCUUCAACCGAAGAUAGUAAUCCUUCGAGUAUUACUAUACUGAAGCGAAGGUCUGUAGAUGGCAAGAAACAAUCCGAUGUUAAAAAAGCGGUAUCUGAAGAAUCUCAAUCUGUUCCUCUAAUCUCCAAAAGCGUCAAUGUUCUUGAAACCUCUACUGAAAAAACUAUAUCAACAUCUGACAAAAAGAAGGAGCUUGAGCCCCUGGACUUGACGGAAAACGUUGCCAAUUUCUUCUCCAAUUGCACCAUCAAAAAUGUAGAUUCUCCUAGUGAAGAUCAGCGAACUUACGAUAUUUUCAGAAAGGUGGGAGUCGAAAGUGCUGAAAAAGGCACUAGCACUGAUGACAUCCCUAGAUUGCGUUUAAAACGGCCUAAUGUCAUCAAAAUCAAUCAAGAAUGCCAAACCGAUGGUGACACGUUCGAGUUUGAAAGGAAAUUUCCGCCAGGUCCGGGAGUCAAAGCUGCAAAAGUUGAUUCUAACAACUCCAGACUUCACUCUUUAAACAAAUCGAAUACAACAAGUGAGAGCAAACAUUCGCCGGUUAAGCCAGCUGUUACUACUAGGCCUGCGUAUGCUACCGCUCUUACUAAAAGUGCCUCAGCUAAAAUCGUGCCUCCUAGAACUAAGUAUGAGCCCAAAAGUGGCGCAGCUGCAGCGGGAAGAAGCCAAGCAAACAUUGGAACAAGAGGGAAAGGCAGUUUAACUAGAAGUCAAACUGUAAAUGAUAUGAAACGUUUCAAACCUGGAAACAGCGAGAAACGGGCUCCUACUAACCAAACCAUCACGCAAAAAUCGUCACUUGAGAAUUCAACACCAAUCAGACCUUUUGCUUUAAUGCAGAAAAGCAAAACUACACUGACAAAAGAGCAUUUAAGUAAAAGUUUGUCACUGGACGAGCAUGGCAGCUCGGCUGAGACUUUGGUGCCCCAUGAUAAAUCGAGGGAGAAUUUGAACGAUAUCACAAAUUCAAGCAAUAGCAUUGAUAGUUCAGUAGGCACUGGAAAUAUUGAAACCUCGGUGAGCGAUUAUUUGGACGGCUGGUUGACGGUGAAAGGUCGCAGAUUUAAAAAUGGGAAUCACAGAUCUCGAAGGUCAGAUACGGGUCUUUCUUGGACAACCAGAUUCCACCAGGUUAGUGCAACAGCCAGCUUACCAGCGCUAGCUCUUCUGGAAACUUCAGAAGUAUCUAAGGGUCAGAAAACGAUUGAUAAAAGCGUAAAAGAGAAUUUGAACAGUUUGAAAAGUUUUAAAAGCUCGGUCGAAUGGGAAAGUGUUGAUUCUUCCCCGUCGAAGCGCUCGGAUUCUAACACCGGCAAGAGUUCCAUGCAGGGGAAGAACGAGGCGAACUUAAAUAUUAAGAAAAACGUAGAAAGGGACGAAAUUGAGCUGAGAACUAAUAAGUGUUCUGCACAGGAAGCAGACGCCGAUUCUGAGACCGAUGAUGAGCAAUCGAAAUUGAAAGAAAUACAAGACGAAUUGGCCACCGAGGAGGAACACAGGAAGAAAACUAAAGAACUCAAUGAAGAAGAGGACCGACUGCACAAGGAAAUCGAAAAGUUAAAAUAUUUGGAUAUCGAAGUUGAUACCGAAACUGAUGGUACCGAAACGGACGGUGACGAAUUACAGGGCGAUGCCGAUGAAGAUAGCCCUAUUAACAUGCUUAGUGACGAUCACAUCUCGUUGGAGGCGAGAUACGAACCAAUGUUAGCAGAAAUGUCUUGGAGUGAAAGAGUGGACACUCUUGCGGCUUUAGAAGCUAUCAAUGCCCGACACCCGGGAAGAGCUCUAGAGCUACAUCAAAAACUUUCCAACCCGCAAAGAAAAAUUAGCUUAGCAGAAGCGGUGAGAAGAUAUCAAGUAAAACAAGCCAAGGCUCAGAAGCGACGUGAAAAUUUGCAGCUGGAAAGAGCGCAGAAAUUACAAGCCUUAUCGGCCAGAGUUGACGAUGUUAAAGCGGCUAAAAUAAUGCUGAUUGAGGAGAAGAGAACACGAAUGGAAUUAAGAUUGCAGAAAGCUGCUCAAAAUCGAAAACGCCAUAUUAGAGGGAUUGUAAAGAAAGCUCACGACGAAGAGGAAAAACUGAAGGAAAUCGCUUUUAUCAACGAAUUGGAGGCCCAAAAUAAAAGACAUGACUUUUUGCAAUCAUGCAAAGAACGCCGAGGUCGGAUUCAGGGCAUUCAGGAAGACCGCCGAAAGAGGCAGGAGGAAAAAGCGGCUAAAGAAGCCGCAGUGGAAGAGCGACGCAAAGCUUUGGAGCGUGAGCGGCUUGAAAGACUAGAUCGGUUGCAAGAUGAAAGGCGGCAACGGGAUGAAAGAAUUGGCCAGCAGCAACAACAACGUGAACGGGAGAGGCAAGAACUAGCUAGGGAAAAGGCACGCGACAGAGAGGAACGUUUGUCUGCGCUACAUGAGAAGCAAUUAGCGUCCACGCAAGAGCUGCAGAAGCGCAUCGAACAGAAGCAGGAAGACUCGAAGCGUCGCCACGAAGAGAAUAUUGAGCAAAUCAGGCAAAAGGCGCUGGAAUUGAGUAUUUUGCGUUGUCAUCAGGACGAUGAUCAGGCACCUAAUAUGGUACCGUAUCCUCAGGCCAAGUUGUGUACAGUGUGCAAUGUGCUCAUCAAAUCAGAAGUUUAUUUAAUGAGUCACCUGCGGGGGCGGCUCCACCAGGAAGCAGUAAAACAAGCAAAUCCAGGAUUAUCUUCGAGUGAGCUGGAACAGUACAACUUGAAGCAAAUUGUUGACGCCCCUGAUGGAAAAGAAGAUCCUCGUGUUUUAGCGGCCAAAGAAAGAGGAAAAUCGUACAGGCGGCGGUGUAAGAAGAUUAGGCAAAGAAUGACAAUGAAAGGCAUCGAAUGCGAGAUAUCUCAAUCGACGGUGGUGGUUGAGAGCGUCAAUAAGCGAACCUUAAACAGAAAUAUAAAUAUUAUCGGCAGUAUUAUAAAUCAAGCCAAUCAAGGAUUGUCCAAUGCCAGCCUGAGUCAGCUGGACAGAACAUUAAACGAAUUGUCUAGAAUGAUGUCCAAACAGAACCGAAAUGACGUUCUGCUGUUCCAAACCGUUGGCAGUUUUACGGUCUUAGGAAAGUUGCUUAGUUUGGGUUUAGAAGAACACCAAGUGAUUCCCUCUAAAACCCUGAUAAUUUGUUGCCACCUAUGGACUCUUGCCUGCAGCGGAGUAGAAGCAUCCGCCAAUUGUAAAUACGUGAUAAUGACCAGCAAACUAAUGCCCCUSAUUGAUUUGCUGAAUAAACGCCUUCAAACAUUAGACGAUUUCGAAGAAAACCUACCAUCGGAUGAUCUAAGUUUGAGCCUCAUGAACUGUUUAGCCACGGUGCUGAAAAACUUGGACUGUCCAAUUCCACCCUGCCGAAUCCACGACAUUAUAAGUUAUUGCGUGUGUUUGGGAGUAGUUGAAAAUCUAGCCCGAUGCUGUUUGGCUGUGAGGCGACCUGUUCAUGAUGUUUCAUCGGCCUUUGGCUUUUUGUUAGCUGCGUUGAGCUUCUUAACAGCUUUGGUUCAAUUCUGCCCGCCCGACAGCGAUCCCACUCAUCUGAUGUCCAUUCUACAUGACACUGAGUUGCUGGGGUGUGUCUCAAUGUUGUAUGGCUCGUUGUUGCCGGGUUCAACGCCUAGAGUAGCAGGCCAGUCUCCUCCCGAUCUUCCGCUUCCGUGUGUUCAUCUGGCUAUCAGCACGUAUGAGCUGCUGAAGAGAGUUGCUGAAGCUGAUUUGACGAAAUUCCAGGAAGUGUUGGGUGCUGAAGGAAUUUCCCUACAGUUUCGGCACAUCAGCAGUCACUUGAUAUGGUGUUGCACCUCACUUUCCGAGUCCAAAGCAACAGUAAAAGAGAGUGAAGUGAAAGCUAAGGUCUAUUCGAAUCUUUUGAAUGAAGUCAUCAUGGUGACCGGAUUCUUCGCUCUUAGAAACACCGAAAAUCAGAUGUUACUGGUUAGCGGACAAGCCCCCUCUGUCUUGCAGCAGCUCUGCUCUUUGCCAUUCCCGUACUUUUCAGUUGAGAAAUUAUCCAAUAUUUUGUAUCCAACUUUGUUGGCGUGUUGUGAGGCCAAUGAACAUACCACUAGGAUUCUGAAGCAGGAAUUGUCUUAUAAUAUACUGGAAAACUUCAGAGACUCCGCAGCUGGCAGAGCGAACAAACUCAUUCAGCUGCUGAAUUCCAAAAAUACGAAAUCAACUUAGAUAUAUGUGAUAAACACGCGCGUUUUGUAUUUGCUGUUUUCAAUGUUGCAGUAUUUUUGUACAUUGAGGGAACUAUAAAAAUAUAAUGUGAUCUGGAAUCAAUAUAUGAACAUACAUACAUAUUGCUGCUUAUACCAGAGAUCUGGAUAACACUGAUAUUUUUCUAUACUAUGGAAUUUAUAGUUCGAGAUUAUUUAGGUGCCUCACAGGGUUUAGUGGAGUAGGAGAAAUGAACAAUGUACUACAUUUUCCAUAUAAAAUAAAAUGGUACACAUAUUCUCAAAGGGAAAAAUGAGACAAUUACAUUUUAAGGAUAAUUGCUAUUCUCUUUACCUUGAGUCACUGUUUAAAUGUUUGAAGAACGUGUUGAUCAAAACUAAGUUAAGUAAAUCUGAAGAUUGAAAAAGUCUAGAUUUUAAAAACCUCUUGUUUUGCAUAAUUAACUCGAACUCGGACAUUUGUUUAAAAAGCAAAUUGACUGUUGUAUUUUAACAUAUACAAUUUUAGUUUAUUGUAUUUAUGCGAUAUUAAAGAACUAUUGAAUAAUUG